CUGUAAGUCAGAUUUUUUGUUCGGGUCCCUUUGAGUUCGACUUAUCGAGGUCCGACUAAUAAGCUUUUGUUUUAAAAACUAAGUGAGGGUAAGGAACUUUUUGUUUGUUUGUUCUGAGAGCCUUACUCUUAAAACACAAAGAUCUACUCCACACAAGACUUUGUUAGUGCACAUACUGAUGUCAUAAAAGGUGUCUUAUUGAUGUUGCUAAACUGUGCUAGUGCUCUCUCACUAUUGCUUCUGUACACACUGUAUAAUCUAGUGUUAACAGAAUAUCCUAAAUAUCUAAUUCAUUGGCUAGUAAAUGGUGAAGGUGGCCCUUUGACCUUUGUGUUGUCCUUGCAUGCUUAUAGCUUUUGUACUGCUGUAUUUCAUAUUUCAAGACUGCUGCUUGUUUUUCUAACAGUCAUUCACAGGUUGGCAGUACUUUUUGAAGACUGCCAGUCAUUGAACUUGUACCAUGUAGUAGUCACUGUAACUACAAGAGAACUUUAGUUGAUAUCUGGAGCUAAAAGAGGUCAAUAUCUAAUUGAUAAUUUGUGAAGUAGAGGUUAGUACGAUUCCUCAACCAUUGCCCUCCUUGUCUUAGUUUGACUCUAAUCCUUAAAGGACCACAUCUGUCUUCAUGAAAUAUGUAGAGUUGCUUGCAUUUGACAUGUGCUUACAGUCCUAGCAUGCUCUAGCUUCUGUAGUGUUUGCCACUGUCUCUUAUGCUUGUUGUUCCUCUUGCCUGUGCUUGUAUAAUUUCCCCUUAGACUGCAUUUGUCUUUGCUGUUGGUUUUCAGGAAACUUUGUUUCUAAAUUUGAAAAUACUGGACUUAUUUUAUUUAAAUCUGGCAACAGUGAUUACCAAUGCUUGUACAUCUGAAGAAUUUUACGCAGAGUGCAGAUCUGAGAGUAAUGGUGUCAUAGUCUGUAUCUUGCUGACAAAAAAGUUGUGUAUUCUGUCCGACAGCUCUGGAAGGCUUCAACUAUGUUCCGCUGCUGCACCCACUUGAGACCCUACACAACAACCUGACUUUUCGUGAGAUGGAUGACUUUUUGGGUCGCAUCACCACCACCCGAUUCCCUAUGCCUCCCAUCUCGCCGACUCUUGUCGCCUCCCACCCAUCUCUCAUCCUUGUCUCCCCAGGAAAAAGUGUACAGAGUUAUCCACCCUCCAGUAACUCCAGUUCUGCACCAUCAUCUCCAGCAUUAUCCAUUCCACUUGACAUCUGGCAGAACCUUCGCAUGUACAUGGAGCGAAGUGAUGGACAAGUCCGUUCCGACCCUGACACUGAUUCCUCUACCUCCUCGGGCCGUAGGGAGGUCCCAGCACCUCCAAACUCAUCCAUUGCCAAAACGGAGGCUGUCCAAGAGUGUUCAAGCAGAGUGACUUAUGAUCCCUCUUAGAAGCAUCCAAAGAGUUGUCCGAAAAUCAAGA